CGGACAAAGGCGGCGGCGAGGCCCUGCAGCUCGCCGCCAUUUUGCGCAGCGGGCGCUGAGGAGCGGCAGCCGCGGCCCGAGCAGCUCUUCUCCCCUCUCCACCACCACCAUGUCGCGGGAUCGGUUCCGUAGCCGUGGCGGCGGUGGAGGCGGCUUCCACCGGCGCGGCGGAGGCGGCGGCCGCGGCGGCCCCAAUCACGAUUUCCGCUCCCCGCCGCCCGGCAUGGGCAUGGGCCAGAACCGGGGCCCCAUGGGGGGCGGCCCGCAGGGUCCGGGCGGCCCGCCGGGCGGGGGCCCGAAGCCCGAGCCUCCGAAGCCGCCAGCGUCGACCUCUGCUCCGCCUUCUUCGUCUUCUUCGGCCGCCGCCACCACGGCGGGGCCCGCCGGCAGCCAGGCCGGCCCCGGAGCGCCUCCGCCGUCCGCGCUGCCCUCGGGGCAGCCGCCACAGCAGCAGCCCCCGGUGUCGACGCCUUCUUCGGCUCCUUCCGGCCCAGGCGGGCAGCCGCAGCCCAAGCCGAGCCCCAGCCCUACCCCGGCCGGCGGCCCUAAGAAAGGACAAGGACAGUCGCCCGGCGGCGGGCCCAAGGGACCGGGUGGCCCCCAGCAGGGGCCCGGCGGGCCGCACAAGGGCGGGCCGGGGCACCGCGGCGGGCCGGGCGGGGAGCCGCGCGGGCGCGGGCAGCAGCACCAGGGACAGCAGAGCCUCUCCUCGCAACAGGGCCCGGCCGGCGGCGGCGAUAAGCUCUCGGACGAGGGAUUUAAAGCAAACCUCUCCCUUCUGAGGCGACCCGGGGAGAAGACCUAUACUCAGCGUUGCCGCUUGUUUGUGGGGAAUUUGCCUGCUGAUAUAACAGACGAAGACUUUAAAAGACUGUUUGCCAAAUAUGGGGAGCCAGGAGAGGUUUUUAUCAACAAGGGGAAAGGCUUUGGAUUCAUUAAAUUGGAAUCCAGAGCUCUUGCAGAAAUUGCGAAGGCAGAACUGGAUGAUACCCCCAUGAGGGGUCGACAGCUUCGUGUUCGGUUUGCCACACAUGCUGCUGCGCUCUCAGUGCGUAAUCUUUCACCCUAUGUGUCCAACGAGUUGCUGGAGGAGGCUUUUUCCCAGUUCGGUCCAGUGGAAAGAGCUGUUGUGAUUGUAGAUGAUCGAGGUAGAUCAACAGGAAAAGGCAUUGUUGAGUUUGCAUCAAAGCCAGCUGCAAGGAAAGCCUUUGAACGGUGUACUGAAGGAGUGUUUUUGUUGACGACCACUCCUAGGCCAGUUAUUGUGGAACCAUUGGAACAACUGGAUGAUGAAGAUGGUCUUCCAGAAAAGCUUGCUCAGAAGAAUCCAAUGUAUCAAAAGGAAAGAGAGACUCCUCCCCGCUUUGCUCAGCCUGGCAGUUUUGAGUUUGAAUAUUCCCAGAGGUGGAAAUCUUUAGAUGAAAUGGAAAAACAACAGAGAGAGCAAGUAGCAAAAAACAUGAAAGAUGCCAAGGACAAACUUGAAAGUGAGAUGGAAGAUGCUUAUCAUGAGCAUCAGGCAAACCUUUUGCGUCAAGACCUCAUGAGGCGUCAGGAGGAGUUGAGACGUAUGGAGGAACUCCAUAAUCAGGAAAUGCAGAAACGCAAGGAAAUCCAGCUGAGGCAGGAGGAGGAGCGUCGCAGGCGAGAAGAGGAGAUGAUGAUACGUCAGCGGGAGAUGGAAGAACAAAUGAGAAGACAGAGGGAAGAGAAUUAUAGUAGAAUGGGUUACAUGGAUCCAAGGGAGAGAGACAUGAGAAUGGGUGGUGCCACCACAAUGAACAUGGGAGAUCCUUAUGCUUCUGCAGCCCAGAAAUUCCCACCUCUCGGAGGUGGUGGCGGCAUAGGUUAUGAAGCUAAUCCAGGAGUUGGCCAAGCAGCCAUGAGUGGUUCUAUGAUGGGAAGUGACAUGCGUCCUGAACGCUUUGGGCAGGGAGGUGCGGGGCCUGUGGGUGGCCAGGGUCCUAGAGGAAUGGGGCCUGGAACACCAACAGGAUAUGGUAGAGGGAGAGAAGAAUAUGAAGGCCCAAACAAAAAGCCCCGAUUUUAGAUGUGACCUGUAGUUUCAUUCCAGUUUGUUUUUGUCUGUCUUGUUUAGACACCAACUUUUUAAUUCUUGCAUUUUAGUAAGAAAGCUACGUUUUUAUGGAUGUUAGAAAACUUACUGACCUAAUAUUUGUAAGUGGUCUGUUUGGGCGAGUACAAUUUAAUUAUGUAAUGCAGUGUUUCAAAACAAACUUAGCUGUUUUUUUGAUGUAUAACGUCCCUAACUUGAUGGCAGUGUACCUUGUGCCACUGAAUUCCCAAAGUGUACCAACUUUUUUUUACUGUGCUUCAAAUAAAUAGAAAACUAAAUGUAGUAACUCUUCUUGCCAUUCGUGGUUAAACAUGAGGAGGCUAAAACCCACACCUUCCGCAGUAAACUGAGAGUCUUGAGGAGAGGUCAAACUAGACCAGGGUGUGGAAGUGCAGGGAAGAGUGAGAGCUCUUCCCCAAAUGCCUCUAUUUUAAGAUUGGGUCACACAGUAGCCUAACUUUGCAGUAGGUGCAGAUCUUUUUUUUUGAGCAUCAAUUGUGCUGCAAUAAGGAAGCAAAUGGAAAUCUUGCAAGUGCUGCAAGAUGCUCUAACUCAAGCUACACUGCGAGCAGUGCAGUAUGUAACCAUGUUCCUAUUUUAGCUAUGGAUAAUGGGUGGUGGGAUGGUAGCACUUACCACCUUGGCAGUUACUGCUUGGAAUCUUGUAAAGACUUUAAGCAGAAGACUAGCAAUGGUUAUUUUAAACUAAAUUGAUAGAAUGACUUGCAUUGGCUGACUUCCUAACUAAAGGAUUGUUAAUGUGAUGUUUAUAUGCUCUUAAGCUGUCUUGAGAUUACAGGAUCUGGCCUUGCUCCGUAUUGUAUACUUACCUGAAACUGCUUGGCAAAAAGACCAGAAGUGUUACUGUAGUGAUGAAGGGUAACUUGCUUAUGUCCUCAUGGUAACUGAGUGGACUAAUUCACCUAGUGCAGAAUACAAUCAUUUGUAUUAUGGGGCCUGCAGGAACUAUUCUUAAAUCGUGUAGCUGGUGGGCAAAUCCUAAAAAGCUGUAUGUAAAAUACAGAAAUCAGCUUGCUUGCAUGAUGGUUAUUGCUCUUAUUAUUGAUGUUUGGAGAUAAUGCAUCAAAAGUAGUAUCUGAAUCUGGAGUUUAAGAGUUAAUACUUCACAGUUCGAAUAAACUCCCUUGAAGGUUUUUUUUGUAGAAGAUCUGAUGAAUUCAUUAGCUUGCUGUUCAUUUUAUUAAGCCCCAGAAGAAUUUCAGAGCAUUCUGGACUCAUUGAUAAGGUAGUUUCUUUGCUUAUUAUUACACUGUACCAGCUAAGCUGGGAACGUGGCUUCCCAGUGUAAAAUACCUUGGUGUUGAGCAGGUUGACAUAUCCUGCAUUGGCACAAAGUAGGUAAAGUUAGUUUGGCUGUACCUUCACAUGAUUCCCCAACUACUGAGCAUUCUGUGAGUAGCUUUAAUAUCUUCCCAAGAUCUUUCCCAUUCCUUGUGCUGAGCAUUGGCUAAUUCUAAAUUCUAUACUAAAUUUUCUCUGCAGUUAAAACUUGGUUUCAGAUUGCAGUACUGUAGAGUGCAGGUGAUCCCUCUUGAAGUACUUGCUGCAAGUGCUGUUAUUCCUGAACUGAAAAAAUAGCCUGUUGGGAAAUGUUGGUACCAGGUAACACCGACUUGGAAUAUCAAGCGUGCUAAAGAGGGCCUCAGCUUGUUUGGUGAAUGCUGCUUAUUUUCCCAGAAAAGUUUGGGGGUUGAUAACAUGCUACAACAAUGAAUUGCUCUUCAGGAAAUUCCCAAUUGGCAGUUCCUAAACUGCAGAGCAAGUAUUUGGGAGUUACUUGUAUUGGAUACUUAGUUUAAAAAUCAGCAGGACCGAUGCAAUUUGCUCGAUUGAAGUAGUAUUAACCAAUGCCUUAUGUUUUGUGGCGGGUGUUCGUGGGACACCCACAAAAGGUGAAGGUGUCUGAGCUGGGGAAUUCUGAACAUAAACAUUAAAUUAAUUUUUUCAGUUUAUUUUUCAGAUUACAUGUCAUUCUUUAUUAAAGAGAUGCCGGUGCAUAUCCUAAAGUAUGUUCUUUUGUAGUUCUGUAACUUGGAAGAGUGAAGGAUGCUGAUGUCCUUGUACCUUACAGAGCUUGUCUUUUGGUACCCCUGUUUUGUACGUAAGCUCCCGUUGCUAGGUGUUAAAAAUAGCUGAGUUGCAGAACCAUGAUGAGUGAGUAUUGAAAGAUUUGGCAGUUUUCAAAACAUCUGCAAGUUGCGUUAAACCUAGCUUUGUUGUAGCUGCAGAAGCAGAACUUCUAAAACAAGCUCUGCUUUGAGUUGCAUGUAUUAAAAAGGCAUACAAUUAACUAGCCAACUGCUUUUUUCAAGCCCUUUUUUUUUUUUAAGGUGGUGUCUUAAAAGCUGGCAAACAUGUCAACUUUAAAAUCUGCUAAAUGUGGGAGGUGAGAAAGUUCUGUUCCUUUGAUCUGUUCCUCUGAGGCUUUGGACUUUUUUCAUAAAACCAGAUUUAUAUAAUUGAAUCUUUAAAACCAUUUAGAAAAGUGCUUCGUUGGCCAGACCUGUUUUUGGGCAGUCUGGAUCACGUAACACAUUUUUGGACUGGACUUGGAGGACGUUGGCUGUUGCAAUUUAGCUUGCUUAAUCAAAUUUGUGAGCCCAUUUUGACACUUAGAUCUCUAAAAACUGCAGCAUGUAGAAACUGGUAUCGUUAUACAGAGAUCUUCACCCUUUGAUCAGAAAUGAAUACAGAAUAACCUUCUGGUGUAGACACAUGACACUAAUCAUUUAUACGGCUGAUGAGAAACUGAAACUGCUUUUGAGAUUUUGUGGUAUUUUUGUGGUAGAAAAACUCUUGGCUUCUCCUUGGCAACCAUUUACUGUGGCAGCAAGUUUUUGCUGGAGUUUUGAGACUGCAAUUUACACUUGUAACUAGUGGCCUGCUACAUAACUGCACUUAGCCAGCAUUUCUGCAGUUCAUAACUGUGAGGAACGUAGUACCACAAAUGGCAAUGGACAUUAGGACCCGGAUGUAGUAUUCCUGCUUGCUCCAAGAUUCUCAUUGCCGACUGCGUACAGGUAGGUAACAAGCAAUAUAAUAUAACUUGGUGACUUUCUAUGUAAUCUUAUACUGUGGGUAUUCUGACAUCACACUUCUGACUGUGGAAUUACAGUGCAGCACUCUUCAUACCUGUAUGUUAAGCUUGCAUCAAAGCUCUGCGUGGUUUUCGGUUUUAAGCUUUGUCUUGUUCAGAGUCAAUAAGCAACUUACUGUGAUUCUUAGAUGAGUAUUUUCAGACCCGAUUCCUUUGUACAUACGACUCGGCUUGGGUGGAUUUUUCUUAGUUCUGAUGUAACGAAGAUACUCUUGGAUGAGCUUUGUGGGGAAGAGGGAACGUGAUCUUAAACUCACUUAACUGGGUGCUCUCCGUGCCUAGAAAAGGACUGUUUAAACUCUCUGCAGUGACAGCGUGGCCCAUCUACAGUGCAUCCCUUUGUAGAGUCUUGGCUCAUAGGAAAUGCCUUAGUAAUCACUGCUUUAGCCUUGUGUGCACUACGUGGUAGUCACUUCCACCUUGCUAAGAGUCAGCUUUGAGACUGAUUUAUGGAACGUUUUUAAGAUCAUACAAAUAAGUGCUUGAACGAUGAUCGCUGUGAGUAGCUUAUAGAGCUUAUUGGACAUUUCAGUUGUCUUUUUAAUCUUUGACAAGCAUAAUACAUUCCUCUGCCUUUAAUUGACAGUGAUGAGAGUCUGUAUUUCUGCCUCGUAGAGUCAUCUUGGUAGUGUACUGCUGAAUUUCAGUUUCAUCAUUCUUGGGGAUGUAAUUCUAAACACUUAAUUACUAGAAACACUGAAUUUAGUGCUCCAGAAUUAACAUGCUUAUGUUUCCAGACAUCCAGACAUGCUGAUCUCCAGCUCUUUUGCAUUAGCUCUUGAACCUGAAUUUCAAGGUCCCUUGUUUCAGCACAUGAUCUAGCUCUUGUCUGAUGUUCAGUUUAUUUCAGAGGUGUUGUAACGUGUUUUCCUGCUUGUUCUGCAAAGUUCUGCCUCGCAUACUUGUUUCUGGUAUUAAUUGUCACAUUUGGACCCUUCUGUGUUACCUUCCAGGCAAGACUCUUGCUGCUUGAAGAGGGAAUCUGCUGGCCAGUCUUGCCCUCUGCUGUAGCUAUCCUUUCAUUGAAAGCUUGAAGUAGCAGCUGCACCUUAAGAUUAUAACAGCAGGUCUUUGGUUACACCACGGCGAGUGUAGCCCGACUCCAGCUAGCGAAGCAGUGACACCACUUGUCACAAAGUCAGUUUGGCUUUUUGUGAUGGCUUACUCUUACCUGUGACUAGAAUCGAGAAGCAAAACUGGUGGCAGUAUGCGUACUGUCAUGUAGCAAAACUGAAUUGCUGAUCCUUAAACCAGUGCUCAGAUCUGCCUAGGGUUUUUUUCCCAGUGUGCUCUGGAUACUUGACUUGACCUGCAGGAAUGCCAUGGAGGGGUUAUUGGCACAUCUGCCUCGUCCUGCGUACUCGAACUGGCAGGUUUUUGACACUCUUGGAGCAAGCGGUUUGUGACUGAACCAUGGGUCUCAUACCAGCUCUGACUGUCUGCAGUAAUGAAACUCGGUGUGGUAGUUAACUUAAAAGCAAAUAGUCAUGUCUGCUCUAAGUCAGUCUGUAACAAGUGGGUACCAGAAAUGACAUUAAAGUGCUUGCAUUGUGUUUCAUCUUGGUUUUAUCUGUGUGUGAAAUACACUUUUUCUCAAAAGCUUAUCUGAAGCUCAGAAGUGUGGUGUCAGAAUACAUCUGCGUACUGCUAGGCCCUCAGAUCCAGAUACUGGUGCUGUCAGGAGAGAGCACAGCACAGCGUGUAUGGGGGCUUCACUGUAACAUUAAGCAUACAAAGUGUUGAUUUGCUUGCAGUUUUCCCCCAUAGCUAAACACUGAGGCCUGUGAGUAGUUUUAGGACUCGAGCAGUAAUGGGGUUGCAUGUCUCUGUUAAUCAUUGCCAGCUGCAGUGACAUGACCAGGAAGGCCAGUGUUUCAUUCCAUUCUGUUCAAUGAGGCUAAGCCUGUUGGAAAGGAUGCAUAAAAAGUAUGCUGUCGUGGGUAAUUCCUUGGCUUCUUCCACUACUAGCAAGUUUGGAAUCAACUAAUUAGCUUCAGAUUUUUUUUUCCUCUCCAUACCAGCUAGUGGGGCUGUUAAAUAGCUGCUUACUGGAAAAGGCAAAAAAGGGAGGAUUGGCCUUCUCCCACCUCUGUCAUUGCUGCUAGAUAAUGAUUGACACGUUAGGACUUGGCUGUGCAAUCCCGCAGUGGUCUGUGAAUACCCCAUCUCUAUAAAUGUUGCUUCUGAACACCAGUACUGAAGAGCUAACUGGGGAGGGUGGGGAGGAGCGUGGCUAGAAGUGAAUCUGGAGUGUUAAAAGGAUGCACAAAGAUAUAGUAUCCCUUAUGCAUGGUGUUUGUUGCUAUGGCAUAGAAAACAAAAUGUGCAUACUCUACCUCUGCUCCUGAGGGCCAUGAUAAAACCCAGGUGGUGGGUUUGAGACUAAACUUCUCCCUGCCUGGUCGGAUCACAUUGUGACCAUGGUGUGAUCUGCCUCCCAGCUAGAGGUGUGUACUGCAUCCCUUGGCUGCUCAGCAUUGCAGUUUGCCCUCAGCUCCAGUAAAAGGCUGGGUCUUGAGAAGGGAGGAAUCUGUUGCCGAGGUCCAAAGCAGUAGUCUCACAAUGCUAACCUCUAGUGUCUUCUUUUAGCUUUUGAAGCACUUCUAGGACUAUUGAACCUGAGGGCUGCCAGGAGUCCAGGGACAUUGCCCUCCUUCAUGAAGGGGAAGAAAGAGGGUGUUACUAAGGAGACAAACUAGGGUAAAAGAGUUGAAGUAGCUUGACAAAAUUGUGAAUGCCUUCACAUAAGGGAUAGUAUACCUCUGGCUGCCAUCAAACUUCUUGUACUCAGACUGGUGAUUUACGGUUUGUGCUCAGACAAGGUGCAGUUCUUGAGUCAACUACCUGCAUAUUCCUUCAUCUCUUCACAAGUGGUUAGGUUAGCCUGUUUCUGCCCCUUAUUCUUCCACUUAAUAUCUCGGAAUAAUUUAUAAAUCCCCCCUCAUAACUAAUGAGUCCAUGUAUUUGAAAACCUUAUUUUUAAGUUAGUAUUGAAAUGGUCAGAAUUUUCUGUGUGUUACUAUAGUAACUUUGGUUGUUAUCCUUUAGGUGAAGAUGAAGGCUGAGUGAAAGCGGUGUGCUCAUCCCUGGGAAGUAAGCAUAACUUCUGGUCUUGUUCUGAGCGGGUGAAGUAACGAAGGCUUCUGGGCAUUGACCUUCACCUUUGAAUCGUUCAGGAGCCGAGCAUGAGCACAUCCAGCACGGUGCCCAGUGGUACGAGGAGGGACCAGGAGAGCAAGAGAAAUGGAGAUGAAGUCUGAACGCAGGGAAGAGGAGCCAGGAACACACAACUUUCAAAAAUAAAACAUUUAAUAUUUUUAUAA